GGUCACCAGCGUGCGACGGCGCGGAGAACGUUGGAGGAUCGCGCGGUUCUCUCGUGGGGCCCUUUCCGACGUGGAUAGAAGAAGAGAAGCAAAGGGGUAUUUUUUUAGAGCUAAUUUUUUCCCAGGCGGUCAGCCAAAUGGAUACAGAUCUCUAUGACGAGUUUGGGAAUUACAUAGGUCCAGAACUUGAUUCUGAUGAUGACGAUGAUGAGAUGGGCCGGGAUUCGAAGGAUCUUGAUGAGCUUGAUGAUGACGACGACGACGAUGAGAUGGGGGACCAUGAUGAAGACCACCCUGGGAUGGAUGUGGUGUUGCACGAGGACAAGAAAUACUACCCAACUGCUGAGGAGGUCUAUGGGCCUGAAGUGGAGACCAUAGUCCAGGAAGAAGACACCCAGCCCUUGACUGAGCCUAUUAUUAAACCAGUGAAGACCAAGAAAUUCUCUCUUAUGGAACAGACGCUGCCUUUGACUGUAUAUGAGAUGGACUUCCUAGCUGACUUGAUGGACAACUCAGAACUGAUCCGGAACGUCACCCUUUGUGGCCACUUGCACCACGGCAAGACUUGCUUUGUGGACUGCCUGAUUGAGCAGACUCAUCCCGAGAUCAGGAAGCGGUACGACCAGGAUCUUUGCUAUACGGAUAUCCUGUUUACUGAACAAGAGAGGGGAGUUGGGAUCAAGAGCACGCCAGUGACCAUUGUCCUUCCAGACACCAAAGGCAAAUCCUUUCUCUUCAACGUGAUGGAUACACCAGGUCACGUCAACUUCUCUGAUGAAGUCACGGCCGGUCUGCGCAUUUCUGACGGCGUGGUGCUUUUCAUCGAUGCUGCCGAGGGGGUCAUGCUCAACACGGAGAGGCUGAUCAAGCACGCCGUGCAGGAGAAGCUGGCGGUGACCGUCUGCAUCAACAAGGUCGACCGGCUGAUCCUGGAGCUGAAGCUGCCCCCCACUGAUGCCUACUACAAGUUGCGGCACAUCGUGGAUGAAGUCAACGGCUUGAUCAGCGUGCAUUCCACGGAUGAGAACCUGAUCCUUUCUCCGCUGCUGGGCAACGUCUGUUUUGCCAGCUCUCAGUACAGCAUCUGCUUCACGCUGGGCUCCUUUGCCAAGAUCUACGCUGACAUGUAUGGAGACAUGAAUAGUGCUUGGGGAGAUAUCUACUUCAACCCAAAAACGAGGAAGUUCACUAAGAAGGCUCCAACCAGCAGUUCCUGUGCAGCAGCUUUGUGGAAAGUUCAUUCCUCGAGUCAGCUUCUACACAAGAUCUUGGCUCAGGUGGUGGGUUGGUCGACACUUCCUCCUCCCAGGACUCUCUGGACUAAACUGGGGAUCCUACCUGACCCUCAAAGAGGAGCUUCAAGCUUCAACAUCCGGCUCUCUCUCCUGAGUGCUCGCCUGCAAGCAGAGUCUGGGCCCGUGGAUUCCUGUAGGGCUCCAGAGUUUGGUUUGCAACAGGUGAGCCUGGAGCAGGCCUGCAGCCAGCACUUUGGUGGUGGAGCAGGUUUCUUUUGUGGACAUGUGCUGCAGCAGCACAUCCUCUCCCCAAAAGCAGGUUUCAAGACCAAAAAAUUGACCACACCUACACCUACAGGAGGAGCUCUUCACCUGACCUGGGAGAGAGGCCAUGAGAUGCAGAAAGCUAAUUCCCCGGACGUGAAGGGAAUGCAGUUCCUGCUGGGACUUUAUGGCUUAGGGAUGUGGGUUCAGCCUCCCAAUCUUCAUGGUGGUCCUUUUCUGACUGGGACUCUGCUCAUGUGUGCCCCUGAUUGUUUGCUCCCCAUCCUUUUGUCGGGACAGGGCCCGCUCAUGUGCCACACCACAAAGAUGUACAGCACAGACGACGGGGUCCAGUUCCAUGCGUUCGGCAGGGUGCUGAGCGGGACCAUCCACGCAGGGCAGCCGGUCAAAGUCCUUGGAGAAAACUACACCCUGGAAGAUGAAGAGGAUUCACAGAUCUGCAGCGUAGGACGCCUUUGGAUCUCAGUGGCCAGGUACCACAUAGAGGUCAACAGAGUCCCUGCUGGCAACUGGGUGCUCAUCGAGGGGGUGGACCAACCUAUCGUGAAGACGGCCACCGUCACCGAACCCAGGGGCAACGAAGAGGCUCAGAUCUUCCGUCCCCUGAAGUUCAACACCACGUCUGUUAUCAAGAUAGCGGUGGAGCCCGUGAAUCCUUCCGAGCUCCCCAAGAUGCUGGACGGCCUGCGGAAAGUCAACAAGAGCUACCCUUCGCUCACCACCAAGGUGGAAGAAUCCGGGGAACACGUGAUCCUGGGCACGGGCGAGCUCUACCUUGACUGUGUGAUGCACGACCUGCGCAAAAUGUACUCGGAGAUCGACAUCAAGGUUGCCGAUCCGGUGGUCACUUUCUGUGAGACGGUGGUUGAAACCUCUUCCUUGAAGUGUUUUGCUGAGACGCCCAAUAAGAAGAACAAGAUCACCAUGAUUGCUGAGCCUCUAGAGAAGGGUCUGGCGGAGGACAUUGAGAAUGAAGUGGUGCAGAUCACCUGGAACAGGAAAAAGUUGGGCGAGUUUUUCCAGACCAAGUACGACUGGGAUUUGCUGGCUGCCCGUUCCAUCUGGGCUUUUGGGCCGGACGCUACUGGGCCAAACAUCUUGGUGGAUGACACGCUGCCCUCAGAGGUUGACAAAACCCUGCUCGGCUCCGUGAAAGACAGCAUCGUGCAGGGAUUCCAGUGGGGGACCAGGGAAGGGCCUCUCUGUGACGAACUGAUCCGCAACGUCAAGUUCAAGAUCCUGGACGCGGUCAUUGCCCAGGAGCCGUUGCAUCGGGGAGGCGGCCAGAUCAUCCCGACGGCCAGGAGGGUGGUUUACUCCGCCUUCCUCAUGGCGACGCCACGGUUGAUGGAGCCCUACUACUUUGUGGAGGUCCAGGCCCCUGCCGACUGUGUGUCUGCCGUGUACACGGUCCUCGCCCGGCGAAGAGGGCAUGUGACCCAGGAUGCACCAAUCCCCGGCUCCCCUCUGUACACCAUCAAAGCCUUCAUCCCAGCCAUCGAUUCCUUCGGGUUUGAGACCGACCUCCGGACACACACGCAGGGCCAGGCGUUCUCUCUCUCGGUCUUCCACCACUGGCAGAUUGUGCCAGGCGACCCCUUGGACAAGAGCAUUGUGAUCCGGCCUCUGGAGCCCCAGCCCGCCCCUCACCUGGCCCGGGAGUUUAUGAUCAAGACCAGGCGCAGGAAGGGGCUGAGCGAAGACGUGAGCAUCAGCAAGUUCUUCGAUGACCCCAUGUUGCUGGAGCUGGCCAAGCAGGACGUGGUUCUGAACUACCCCAUGUGAUGCUGCAGGUUCCGGCCCCCUGGACAGCAGCGCCCCCCUGGAAGGGCUUGGCCGGAAGUCCUUCUCCUGAUUUGCUCACUUCCCGCGAAGCAGGGCUCUGCAUCCUGGAGGCGGCUUUUCGGGAGAUGCUGCUCUUGUUGUGAACCAACACCGGAGUAAUCCUCCCCCUCCUGGCCAGGUUCCCAGUGGACAAGCGUGACACAGGUUUCCUUGUGUCUCUAGCUGGCCCUUCUGAGCAGAACUCUGCAAGAGUUUGUGUCUUUUUGCUGACAUGCCCCACCUCAGAGGCAGCAGCCUCGUGUCUGUGUUAAAAGGAAGCGCCAGAAAUGUUUUUGUUUGUCCGUCCUCAAGUAUGAGGAUUUAGUGCUUGCCGCUUUCCCCUUCUGACUGAAUUGUGGCAUUGUCAGCAGUAGGGGGCUUCCUUGUCCGGAAGGGAACUGGGGGGCCAUUCCUUGCUGCGGAGUCCAGGCAUUGCCCGCUGAGACGAGCAGGCAAGCAGGAAGAAGACCCCACCCACAGCGCUGCUCCUUUCUUCCCCUUCGCCGUUGUCUUCUGGACAUAUUCAGGGAGCCCCCAGCUACCAAGUUGUGGGUGGGGAGGAGAGGUGUUGUCAAGACAUUAAAUAUUUUUGUAAGUUGUAAUAAAAUAAAACCAGUCCAGUUCUUUA